UUCAUUUGAUUCAUUAAUUCGUAAACUGGCUCAUUUGUAUAUGAAUUGGAGUACACUGGUGGUGCUGUUUUUGCAUGCAGCCAGUGAAGACAGAACAAAUACAAAGGCAUGUUGUCAAUUUAUUGUCUUUGUUUCACUGUACCCAGUCUGUCUCAUCAAAUGCAGGCUCACAACUUUAGGUAAAAAAAAAAAAUCAUCUUAUGUAGUUGUCGUGUAGACGGCUUUGUUGAUCAUUAUGGGAGCGAUCUAGUUUUGUUCCUCGCUUAUGGUAUACACAGGGUGCAAUAGGCCACGAUCAAAUAGAAACCUGAGUGAUAAUACUAAGACUUGCUCUUUCCAUCUGUAUUCCAUUUGUAUGCUUGAGAUUUCCUGCAAAGCAAGUUUCUUGUUGUUUUUUUUUUUUUCUUUUGUAUGUGAUUCUCAUAAAAUUCCAACAAUUGUUCUCUCAGAGGCAACAAAGUUUCAUUUGAAGGGCAUUAAGUCUUAUUCAAUACUUCACCUUGUAAACAACACCAGAAUCUUUUGUGGCUAUCAUUUUCAGUCUGUCUGCCUUCCCAGAAGCUGGGGAUUUUGCUAAAAGGUUCAGCUUUCUCCUCUCUUAUGUGUCCAGCAGAUCAGAAUCAGCGGUGUCUUUAUAGCCCGAAAAGAACAAAAAUGAUAUUGAUUAUUCAAUAGGCCGGCCAGCCAGAGAGCCAAGACCCAGUCUGCUGCAUCCAUUCACUAUUAGUAAACAAAUCAAUGGUCCAGGCUGUGUCUUCGCUUAGGCAAUGCAGAGCAUCCUCACUCGCCUCAACGAAAAACUUCUCACAACAGAUUCUCAGAGCAGAAACGGACUCAACAGAAUCACAUUAGCAAAAUAUGAGCAUGCUGUGAAACACAUGUUGAAAUGAAAGGGCUAAUAUUUUAGAUAUUUCAUCAUGAGUACUCAUUUACCAAUAAUACAUUCAACAAAGUACAUCAAAAAAAUCCAUUUCAAUACCUGCAGUUUAGAUGACAAAGGUGAUGGUUUGACUGAUCCAUUUAUACUCCAAUCUUAUAGCGUAGGCACCUCUAUGAGAUGGCUCGUGCCGUCCAUCCACCGAGCCUGUGCUGUGAUGAAGGCUCUGGCCUGAGGAUGUAGCAGACAGGCCUUUUAAUCUGGGACAGAGGAACACUCGAGGUGAUUGAUGAUUCGGGGGAAGCGCUGGCUGGAGUUCUACCUGAGAUGGAUCAGUGACUCCAGGCACCGGGCUCAAUCCAUUUCCAUCUCCUCAUCGUCGCCACUCUUACUGUCAGUCACUUAAUCAGAGGGUGAUUUUCAACAUUGUGAACUUCAGCAAGACCAAGAGCCUGUACAGAGAUGGGAUGUCCCCUGUGGUGAAGUCGACCAGCCGGCCUAAAUGGCAAAGACUGCCAGCCAAGAAUGUGUAUUACUACCGCUGCCCCGACCAUCGGAGGAACUACGUGAUGUCUUUCGCCUUCUGUUUCGACCGCGAGGAUGACGUUUAUCAGUUUGCGUACUGCUACCCUUACACCUACUCCCGUCUGCAGCAUUACCUGGCCAGCCUGGAGCGCAGAAAUCUCGAUUACCUGCAGCGAGAGCAGCUGGGCCUCAGUGUGCAACAAAGAAGGCUGGAUCUUCUGACCAUCACCAACCCCGAAAGCAUUGAGGAAUUUGAGCACAGUAUUAUGCAAAAGAAGAUGAAAAUACCCAAGAUGUCAAACAGGAACACAGUGGAGAAUCAUUUUGGCGAGGAGAGAAUGCCCCUUAGACAUAAAAAGAUCCAGUUACAGGAACAGCAGCGGGCCAGUUCCAACUCCUCAAAGAGCCUGGCUGCUGUGGUGGCACGGCUGGAGAGGAACGCUGUCAACUCCUGCACUGAGGGAGAGGAGCUAGACAGACUCACAACAGAGGAAGAGGAAGAGCAGGACGAGGCCGUGGUGCCUCGCGUCCUGUACGAGGAGCUGGUGCAUAGCUACAGGCAGCAGGAAGAGGAAAUGAGACGCCUGCAGCAGGAACUGGAGCGCACACGCAGGCAGCUGCUGCAGCAGGCCAAGAAGCUCAAGGAGUACGGCAGUCUGCUGACUGAGGUCAAGGAGCUGCGGGAUUUCAAUCGACGCCUACAGGACGUCCUGCUCAUGAGGCUUGGCAGCGAGCCGAUGCAUGACAAUGGCACACAGACAAUCAAAGCAGAGGUGGUGGAGCCGAUCAGUGAACCACAGGAGGCGUGUCAAGAGGAAGCCAACACUAGCUCCACCCACUCCCCAUCCCCGAGAACUGUCUACACCUUCAAUGAUGGAAAAGUGCACUUGGGUGGAGGGAUUUGGGUGGAGGAGGAGAAGUGGCACCAGUUACAACGGACGCAGGGAGACUCAAAAUUCACCAAAAACCUGGCGGUGAUGAUCUGGGGCACAGAAACCCUGAAGAACCGCAGCGUGACUGGCGUUGCUACGAAGAAGAAGAAAGACGCCCUGCCCAAACCACCGCUUUCACCGAGCAAGCUCAAAAUUGUUAGAGAGUGUCUGUAUGACCGUGUGUCUCAAGAAACAGCUGACAGUGCAGAGAUCACCCAGCGAUUAUCCAAAGUGAACAAAUACAUCUGCGAAAAAAUCAUGGAUAUCAACAAAUCUAUCAAGAACGAGGAACGACGAGAGUCCAAGCUUCUCAUUCAGCAGACGGUGAAGAUGGAGAACUUCCCCUACGACGGUCUGUAGGGGGCGCUGAAGUUGUCACCAUAGCUCAUUCUACUCCUCAAGGACUUCUGGUGGAGAAGGUGCAAGUAAUCACCGGCGCUGCCAAUUGAGAUUUCCACUGAUGCCCUCCCAAGACCUCUCUGUCUUUUACUCUCGUAGACCCUGUUUUACAGCAUGUCUGACAGUUUUACCUCUCUCCGCACUGCCUUAGCAUGCUGGCGUGCAUUCUGUGAGUGAAUGGGGCGGGUUUUUGUAAGCUUUAUGGGGGAUCUCGGGGUGGGUCGGAUAUUAUACCUGAUAGACAGGAGCGAUCCUUUAAAUCGUGUGCGAGAAAAAUGUGUUUGGCACAUCAGCUUGUGUUCUGUGUCAGAACAUGUCCUAAUGUACUAAAGAGGUUUCCCUUCAGGAGAAGUCUUCUUGUUUCAGGAGGAUGUUUGCGAGGUGUCAUAAAUGCUGGCUUAGAGUCGGAGUCUUAAGGGGAGGUAGGUCACUUCACAGGGACCAUCUGCUAAAGGUACUUAACGUAAAGAGUUGCACUUUUAAACAGGGUCGCACCCUGCGUCGUCUUAAUGAGCGAUUGAUUUAAUUAAUCAAUCUAGGCCUAAUUGCUCCCGUUAAUUGCUUUCCUGAGAUGACUACUGAUGGUAUGUUGUUGUUCUUGAUGGUUGUUAGGGGUGGAGAGGUCGCAUGUAGUCAGUGGUGCUAAACAGUUAUCCUGGAAGACAGACUAUCAGCGUGUAUUUGGAGAUAAGCCACAAAAAGGUGAACAAAUCAUUCUUAAAAUUUAAAUUUAGACUUUUUACGAUCAUCAGUAAACUUCUUAUGUUUGAUUUAGGCUGUAUACUGCCUUCAAGUCCUGUUGGGAAGUUCCUGUAGUUUAAAAGUUUUAAUUACGAUGACGUGAUUUUAAGGCAUUUACACUACUGUUCAAAAGUUUGGGGUCGGUAAGAUUUUUUUUUUAUGUUUAUGAAAGAAAAUACAGUAAAACUGUAAAAUUUCUGAAAUACUAUUACAAAUUUAAAAUGUUUUUUUUUUUUUUUUAAUACAUUUUAAAUUGAUUGAACUUUUAGCAUCAUUACUCCAGUCUUCAGUGUCGCAUGAUCCUUCAGAAAUCAUUCAAAUAUGAUGAUUUGGUGCUCAAGAAACAAUUUUUACUGUUAACAAUAUUAAUAACAAUUGUGGCGCUUAAUAUUUUUGUGAAAACUUUGAUACUUUUUUCAGGAUUCAUUGAUGAAUAGUAAGUUCAAAAUAAUGACAUUUAUUUAAAAUAUGUAUUUUGAAUAAAAGUAUUCACUUCUUUAAAAAAAAAAAAAAAAAAAAAAUCUUAUCAGCCUUUGAAUAGCAGUGUAUAUUUUAAGCAAAAUGAAUGCGUUUGGGUAAAAUUUUGGGCCUGAAGAAUUCAAAUCUGAAGAGAGUAUUUAAUGGCAUAUUUUGAAGUUGACGACAAUGCAGUAAAAAUGAGGUAAAGUAUAAAACAAGAUUCUUGUAAACAACAAGAGCACAUCCAAUUUGAUUUCAGUGUACUUGAUGGACUAGCCAUGGGACAGGAGUUAUUGUAUUAUCGGGUCUACAGAGAUGGAGACCAACUAAGACCUUUUACCAGCCGUAAAUUGCACUUGGGACGGAGGGUAAGUGGAAAUCUGAGCUAGGCUGCAGGGCCUUUUUCCAGCUGGCAAUCAUUGGGAACUGUGUUCUCCGUUUUAUAGCAAGCUGUGAUUGUAAUAUGAGCUGAUAUUGCUUUAACUGCACUUUGGUGUGAGUGUGGAGAGAUGCCAGGCGCCGUGUGCAGACGUGGGGUAAAACUGUCAGCAGUGCUUGGGAGUUACACAUGAGCCUCAUCCUUCUGGUUGCACGAACCGCAGGGUCUCUGCUCCAGCCCACCUGUAGAGGGCGCACUCAUUAGGGGAGGAAAUAAGAUAUCGUGACAACUUACAAUGAGCCAUGCCAUCCACACUUUAGUCCUUUGUCUCCCCUUGUCUUUAUUUUCAUCACAAACCGUCUGUGUGGUUUGUCGGCGUAACGAUAGAAAAAGACUCUCUUGCAGAUUUGGGUUCUUGACUGUGAUGCCAUAUCGCUUACUGUGAAUUAACAGAUCACAGAUCUGCCACGCAAAAGCCUCCCUAUUUUUUAUUUUCUCAUAUUUUUUUUUUUUUUUUUUUUUAAUCAAGUACAUUUAUUAGUGGGGAGAAAAUUUCAGUGUAUAUUUGGAAUAUAUUCUCAUGUUUUUGAACAUUUCAUUGUUUGCAUCCAGGCUGCACCUUAUCUCACUAAGCUUCUGGUUCAAAACCGAGUCAGACAAUGUUGUAAUUCUGUCUUUAUCUUUGCUGGUUCGUAUAUAGUUUCUAAUCAUUUCUACUUUUACAGUGUAUAUGUGACGUUUCGCUAUUAACGUAGAUCCUGGGUACUCAUAUUUCUCAAAGAAUGCAGGGCUCUUCAUGAAUACAUCAUCUCUAAUGACAGAAACCCAUAUCUUAAAUUGAUACUAUCAUGGAUUUUUACCGCAGGUAUCUUGAUGCUUCAAGAACUUCAAUUUAUGAAUUUCACCUCACUGUGAGUCAUUUGUACUAUCAUUUCAUUUGGAGUCAUUUCCGUCGAGAGGCAGCCGCCACCCGCCUUUCCGUUCCAAGGAAGUCAUUGUCCAUCUUCGACAACGUAGCACUUUAAUCCUAAGGAGGAAGAAAAAAUGUAUAAAAAUUCAUCAAUGUUGGCUUCUUUGUUGUGAUUUACCCAAGCCAAUUUAAAAAAAGAAGUCAACAUAAACAUUUAACAAUGCUUGUGAAAAGACGUUCACGAGAAAUCAUAAAUCAGCUAUCAGUUUUCUGCCACUCAAUAGCAGUUUAGCAGCCAUUUGUUUCUCAUUCUCUUGAGCCUGUGAAAGCGAUUCCUUUUUUUCUUUCUUACAGCAACGUACCUCCAAUAUGUCAAGGUAAUUACGGGAGAGGACAGAUUGUAAUAAGGUUCUUUUGUUCCACUGAAUGUCUUUCUCUUCUUCUUUUUUUCUGUAGAUAUUUCCUGUAUUGUGUAAUAUGUAUUGCCACACUUAUUGAAUAUUUGAUGUUCCAUAAUGAGCGUACGUACUGUGCGGGUAUACUGGAAAAUGACAGCUUUAGGUGUGCAGAGGUUGAAUGACAGCCAAACUUUAUCAUCGGUCCAUGUGGUCAUACUUUGUAUGUGGAGAUUUGCUAGUGGAAUCGUUGCCUUGAAAAAUACUACAGCGUUAUGUAUUGCUCUCUUGCUUUUUUUUUUUUUCUUUCUCUUUUGCCUCGCAGCUGCGCCGAGACUAAAUUCGGGCACGGCGGCAUUCAGAUCCGAGGAAAAUUAAAAAUUAAAAGUUUCUUCAGUUGUGAGAUCAAACCAGUGAAUCCCAUCAGGGAAAAUCCGACUUUUAAAUACAAUCAUGUACAGUAUUUAUAGGCUAAAAGGCUACAAAAGCGAAGCAGUAGCCUCGCGGAGGCUGUGUUUUUCUCUUCUGGGAGACUGUGGUGAGGCUGGUGCCUAUGCUUUCAGUGGCUAUGUAAUAGCGGUGCUGGGCUUUGAGCUGGUCUGUGCCGCUGGAAAACGGCAAAGCACGUGAGGGAUCAACAUAUCAUCCGAGUUGUUCAGGAGACGUUUUGUCAUGUCAAAUGAGUUUCGUCCAAUCUGAAUGUGUGUUGGGGGUUCGUGAUGUUCUGUUAAAAAUAAGCCAAAGUGGAUUCUCAGCAACGGACAGUUUGUGAUCAGUCUUAUGAAUAUGAACUUGCACAAAAACGGCCCCUGCUAAAGUUGUCCACAGUUAUGUAAGCUAAACCAACAGGAAAGGAACAGCCGGGAUAUAUUUUUACUGAAAAAAGACAAUUUUACAAGGUGUUGCUUUGCCGCCGACAUCUCCGUUGUCUGAUUUGUUGUUUUCUGUUUUGUAUCAAAAGAGCAUUAAGUUUUAGAUAAUGGAUAUGGCUAUAUUGUUCAAUUUGAAAAAUCUUAAAUCAUUUGUUUUUUAUUUUUUUUGUUCCUUUAUGAUGCCAAAAAAGUAGUAUGCGGAUGUUCUUGGGGGAAAAAAUAGUUAGUAUUGCUUUGGCCUGCUUCACUAACCUACAUUCUGAGAUUGUCAAUCAAAUGCUGAGGACCCGCCCACACGCCACAGCAAUUCCCAAAACUGCCCAGUAUUCCGCUAUAGCAAGAACGGCAACUUCCUGUUGCGCUCUCACUUUUUUCAUGCUCACGAUUACAAUAAAGGACCCUUCUCAGAGUCAGUCUUAUUUAACAACCAAUAUUCUCAGCUCUACUAGUGAAAGAAAUGUAUUUUUGAUAAAACACAAGUUCAGGUUAUUCUUAGUCGGAAAACAAGCAUGUAGAGUCACAGUCCUACCUCAUUGCUGCUCAUCAUCUGUGUUCCUAAGACAGUCUCGCCACCCUCGUACCUCGUUCAGAGAUCAGUCUGUAUGGUAUAGAUUCAUUUCAGAUGUCGUAUUUUACUCCCUUAACAACUGUGUUAAUGUUUCUGUGGCAGUAGAUGGCGUUUCCUUGCAGUAAUUACAUUUUUAUCCCAUUGAUGGUGCUACAGCAGGCAUGGGUUGUCUAAUCUGUGUUACUUACCUCAGAUGGUGCUAAUUUUUCUACUUUUCUGGAGGUCGUUCCGCUUUGCAUGAAUAAAACUGGUUAAUGUUCAUUUUAUAGCAGCAGGAAUUUUGGGAUCAAAAUAAAGCAUCAGAUAAAAGAAUCUUAGGAAUUGCAUCCGGCAUGUCAAAAAUUUCGCUUUUCAUAUUUCGAGUAAUACAUACCUCUCUAACAAAUUACCUCACAUACUCUGUUCCAAAUUAACAGACUAUUAAAACCAUGCACGCAGGAUCUUUCCGUGGCCAUAUAACCUUGUCUUUAUUGUACAAUACAAACCUGAUGCUGGAGUAAGAAACCUGAUAUUCCUAACCAUCUACCAAAAUAUUACUGGGCAGUUGACUCUCACAGCAAUGUGGUCCUCAGCAGUUAAUGUGAAAGUCAAUCCCACUGUAGAAAUACAGUGAAACUAACAUGGUAGUCUUACAUUUGGUGGUGGUGGUGAUGAUAUUUUGCAGUACGUUAACUGUAGGGGAUUUUCUUAGCUUACCAAAGUGGUUCCCUCCCAAAGAAACUCUUUGUAAUUGUCAUUAAGAACUGUUUGGGAACAAAGUCUCCAAUUUGCAUUUCAGUUCAGCGAAAACGGUCUCAGAAAUACGGGUGUGUUGAGUGCCUGCUGCUCAGCAGAACGUAAAUUAGUCCGUCCACGAAAAUACAAUCAGUCGCAUGUUUCCAUAACAUUUUAUAUUAAUACAGACAAUUGAUUCAUUUAGAGCAUGUAACGUGACAACUGAAGGCAAACUGUGUGAUUUUGUUAGCAAACACUUUCCUGUCAAGAUGUUUUUAUUGAUUGUGUGUCAUGUGAAGCGAAUAUGUCAUGGGUUUCAUGAAUUGACCUCAAGACCAGACAGUGAGUUUGAAAAUCGAUCGUAUUGCAUUUAAAUUGGAACAUUUUUCAUUUAACUUUUUGUGUCUUUAUCAUGUCUGUCAUCUCUUCAUUCUUGCUGCUGAAUAAAUAUCUAGAAACCUAUAUAUAUAUAUAUAUAUAUAUAUAUAUAUAUAUAUAUAUAUAUAUAUAUAUAUAUAUAUAUAUAUAUAUAUAUAUAUAUAUAUAUAUAUAUAUAUAUACAUACAUAUGUGUGUGUGUGUAUAUAAAAAUUAUGUGUAUUAAUCAAUAUUUUUCGGGAAAGUCGUUGAUGGAGAAUGUUGGCUGAAAUAACUGUGAACAUGCUCUCUUUCAGGUCUGUGUUUGUGGGUGGUUUUGGGUAUUUUCUUUUGAUAUGGUCACAUACUGGUUAGUAUUGGUUUUACCACGGAGUCAGCGAGGGCUGCUGUCAGCGGGAUCUUCCUUCUCACAACAGUCCCUGUUCCCCAUACGUUAGGUCUGCUUUACUUGCACACAGAUCAAGCCUAAGCCUGGACUAAAAGGACUCUCAAUGGAGAAUUUUUAUUCAUACUGUGUUUUUAGGCUGAACCCGGCUUAAUUUCAGCUAAACUUGGCCUCACUGCACCUUGAGUCUGACUCCACGGGGACUCAAACAGAGAACAAGGAUAGAAAGACAAUGGAAAGCGAAAUCAAAUGUUUCCACGUGAACCAGUUGCACUCCUCACCUGUGCACAGCUGGUUUCACCGGUUAACAUCAGUCGUGUGUGUGCGUGUGUGUGUGUGCGCGUGUAUGUAUGCGCGUGUGUGCUGCAGUCUGAGUACUCUUGUUCAAUGUACAGAUCAACAGAAUAAAUUCAGACUUUUAUUCUACAAACAAACCCUCUCAGUGUGAGCUGUUUCUUUUUCACACAAAAAAAAUAAUCUUGAAUUGAUACUAUAACGUACAUAAGUUUUAAGAAUAAAUAAAUCUUUGACCUCAAACUUUAGAAUGGUUAUAUUUAUAUAUUAUGUCUAAGAGAGAUAGAUAGAUCUAUCUUUAAGCAACGGUGUUUUUUAAGCAUUUUGUUAAACCGCAGAAAAACAGGCUUGGAUUAAAGAUCCGGCAGUAUAUUUAACCAUGGGGAUGGGGUACUUUUUAUCCCUGUUUGUACUAAACCCAUCUGGUUGGUUUGCUGCCAAAAAGCACUUUUUUAUUUUAUUUUUUUUAAGUUUCAUCUUACCAUAGAAGCGAGUGCCAUUUGAAGUUCCAGUCGUGUCUGACAACUGAAUAUGCUGAAGUUUGUUUUUGGAUGAGUGAGGAUAGUUUUUCUUGAAACCUUCCCGAACAACAUGUGGUGAUGUGGUAAUGUACACACAGCACCCCAUAUU